AAACUUAAUCACCUCACACGCUCAUUCUCUUCCUCCCGAUCACUCGUGACUCUCUCUCUCUUGUGUUUCUCAACUAAAACGAAGAACUGAAAAAUAAAUCAACAGAUCAUCUGCUUUCUCUGAUUUCCAUAUUUCCUGUGUUCUUAUCUCGUGUAGAUUCCCUCUCUUUUGCCUGGAACUCAAUAACGCAGAUUGAAAGCCAAACCGUUUAAAUUUGGUGCGUUUAUGUAAAGAUUAUCAAUGUCAGAAUCGAAGUCAAAUCCUCAAAGUAGUUUGCGAUGCCAUCACUGUGCUGGCCCUCUGACCAAAGAGAUGGAAACUAGUCAAUGGACUGUUCGACCUCUAAUCAGAGAUAGCUUUUCCAUGAUUGGCUCUGCUGUUGGUGGUACAACAAGUGCAUUUUAUGGAUUCAACCAUGUGAUGCCAGUAGUCCGGAGAUGGGUAAAAGGACCAAUGUGGCUCCAUUUCUUUAUUGGUGCACCUCCUGUAAUAGUAUUCUCUUCAGCUUGUGCGGGGUUGGCAGGUGGUGCUGUUCCAGCGCUGGCGCAGCUUGCUUCCUCCUCUUACCACGCAGCAUUCUCAUCUCCUUCGUUACCUCCUUCCUCUCAGGAUGAUAAAAGGAUGGUAAUGACUUGCAUCCUAGUUAUGAUAUCAAUAAACACUCAUUUUCCAGUAUUGCCAAUUUGUUGAAAAUGUUUCAACUUUCAAGAAGUACCCAUGCCUCUACUUUCAGAAGGUUUCAGGUUAGAGUUUUUCUUUGUAACACAAGGUAAAACUUCAUGAAUGCUCAAGAAACAUGAGAAUCUAUGUGGAAGAAUGUCUUUGGGUUUGGUACUGUCGGUUUGGGCUGCCAGAGGCCUUGUCUCUAUUCCCUCUUCUCUUUCCAAAUUGGAGGAUUAAAUUUGGUUUUGGUUUAGUAAAUGCAUUUGUUCUAAA